AUGAAAAAUACAUCAGCUAUUACAGUUUCACACGUUGAGUCCCCUUUGCAAACAGAAGAAGCCCUUUCUAAGGCACAAGUCAUCGCUUGGAGUUGUGCUCUUACUUGGGAAGCUGCUUUCAUUACUUUGGGAAACUUGCUCACAAUUGCUAUCUUUGCAUUUAUCAAGAAGAUUCGCGUUAAGAAAAGUUUAUAUCUUGUUAUAAAUAUGGCGUUUGCGGAUCUAGCGUUGGGUAGUGUGUGUCUUCCUGUAUCUGUUUUUAUCAUUGAGACUCACCACCAAUUGACGAUAGAAAGAUCUCCGUUUUUUCUCAAGAUCAUUAUUGUAGUUUUUGCCCAAGUCUCGUUUAUUACCGCUGCUUUGAUAUCUGCUGAGAGAUUUUACGCCAUCUAUUGGCCGCUGAAGCACCGCACACUUUCUGCGCGAACGUACAGGCUUGUUAUUUUGACGCCGUGGAUUUUGAGUAUCCUUGGUUCUAUUUUUACAGUUUUUCUCCUGCACUUCGUAAGCGUAGUGGGUUUAUUUUUUGGACUAUGUUUGUACGGCUUGUCUAUUGUUCUGAUCAUCUGCGGCCUGAACAUCGGUAUUUGGAGAAAAUUUCAACAAAAAACUGUUCCUCAUUUGCAAAACAGAGCCUUGCAAAACCAGCGCUUAACAAAGGCAUUGAUGUUUGUUUCUGUUAUGGCUUUGAGUUCUUGGCUGCCUUCAGUCGCUUACACCUUGGCAGACUUUUUUGAAUACAAAAUGUCUGACAACAUUUUCCUUGUAUCUUUUUUUAUGUAUUUUUCCAGCUCCUUUAUUAAUCCUGUCGUAUACGCAUUACGAAUUCCCGAGUUUAAACAAGCCUUGAAUCAAUGUUGUUUCGCAAGGAAGAAAGUGGGGCGAAGCCAAAAAAAUCUAAAAGGAAAAGAGAUGGCUGCCGAUUUGACGCUGGUGAUGCACCGAAGAACAUUGACUACAGAUCACAAUAAUUUACAGCUCACUUUUGAACAGGAAAUUGUAGAUAAUGACUUGUGA